AACGCAAGGGGUGAUGGAGUUGUAUGGCCGGUAUCAUCAGGGGGAGGAUUUUGUGUUCGUGCAGUUUCUUUCCAACGUUCUUCCAGUGCAGUCAGGAUUGUGGUCGUGUGGUUUGGCGUUUAGUUUGUGGAGUGACGCGUUUCGUAUCGACCACAAAGAGUUGUUUUUGUGUGCGUGUGAAACAUCGGAUAAUGGACCAUUUUUCUAGCUGAAUCGAAUUGUUUUGAAACACUUCGCCUGCAAGAUGCCUUCCUCUGAACGUGACAGACAGAAAUAUUCGGAGGUACCUGAGAAAGAUGGGGCUGGACAGAACGUCGUUAAAUCUGGCGACGAUGAGAUCUGCCUUAAGGCGAAGAUGAGUCUUUUGAACGGUAUCACCGUGAUUGUUGGCAGUAUUAUUGGGUCAGGAAUAUUCGUGUCGCCAACCGGUGUUCUGCUGAAUACGGGCUCCGUGAAUCUGUCCCUCAUCGUCUGGGUCGUCUCGGGCGUGUUUUCCAUGGUGGGCGCUUAUUGCUAUGCUGAGUUGGGCUGCAUGAUCUCCAAGAGCGGCGCUGACUACGCCUACAUCAUGGAGACGUUCGGCCCGUUCAUGGCGUUCAUUCGGCUGUGGAUCGAAUGCAUGAUCGUUCGACCGUGCUCGCAGGCCAUUGUGGCCCUCACUUUCAGUGUGUACGUUCUUAAGCCGUUCUUCCCCGAAUGUCAGCCUCCGGAGGAGCCAGUUCGCCUUCUAGCAGUCUGCUGCAUCAUGGUCCUGACGUUUGUCAACUGUUGGGACGUCAAAUGGGCUACUAGAGUACAGGACGUAUUCACGUACGCCAAACUGCUUGCGCUGUUCAUCAUUAUCAUCACCGGCUUGGUGCAGCUCUUCAAUGGACACACGGAAUAUUUCACGUUCGAAAAUACAAAUGCGGAUGUGACGAAGAUCGCCCUGUCUUUCUACUCUGGUUUGUUUGCAUACAAUGGCUGGAACUACCUCAAUUUCAUCAUUGAAGAGCUGAAAGACCCAAUCAGGAAUCUGCCCCGUGCUAUUGCCAUCUCUUGCACUCUGGUAACUGUUGUGUAUGUCAUGACGAAUGUGGCAUUCUACACGACACUGUCCGUCAACGAGGUCUUGGGUUCAGAGGCGGUUGCUGUGACGUUUGCUAACCGUUUGUAUGGCUACAUGGCUUGGAUCAUACCUGUGUUUGUGGCACUGUCAACAUUUGGAGCUGUCAAUGGAAUACUUCUAACCUCAUCAAGACUAUUCUAUGCUGGGGCAUGUGAAGGGCAGAUGCCAGAGAUUCUAACAAUGAUCCAGAUUAAGAAACUUACUCCAACUCCAGCUGUUCUCUGUAUGGCUCUACUGUCUCUGUUGUAUCUCUCCGUUUCCGACAUUUUUGCCCUCAUUAACUACGUGGGAUUUGCCACAUGGCUGAGCAUCGGAGUGGCUGUACUUUGUCUUCCUUGGCUGCGGUGGGCACAACCCAAUCUGCCCAGACCAAUUAAAGUGAAUCUUGUCUUCCCCAUUGUCUACAUCAUUGCCAGUCUGUUUGUGACGAUUGUGCCCAUGAUAGCAAGCCCUAAAGAGACAGGAUAUGGCUGCCUCAUGAUCUUCUCCAGUGUUCCAGUGUACCUGAUUUUCAUCUCUUGGAGGAAGAAACCCAAACCCAUUCAACGUGCACUUGGUGUGGCCACGCACAGCCUGCAAAAGUUAAUGAUGGUUGUACGACCCCAAACAAAGUAGCAGUAACCCGCUGUCUGCAGAAGAUCAUGAUGGUGGUUGGUAAGGAGAAACCUGCCCAGGUGUAAGGAACUUACUCGAAGAGACAUCACACACAGUUAUUAAUUUAUUGGAAUCAGCGUAAUAUGUUGCAAACUGUUAAAUUGUUUGCUGUAUAAGGGACCUGGUUAUUUUGGCUUCUUUUAUUUACAUCUGGCCAAUGAUUUAAUUAUCUGUUUAGGAUACCAACAGUCAUUACAUCAUGGACACACCACUGACUUUGAGAACAGUACCAUGUAAAGUGGUAUAUAUUAUAUUUUUUAUAAAAGUGCCAAGAAACGUGCACUACCAUUAAAAUUAUCUCUAUGUUUCAUCACAAAGACUCUCACUUAUAAAACACUAUGUAAUUGUUUUAUUUUGUUUUAUUUUAUUUCUACCAAUUUAUUGCAUUGAAUUAGUACUGAUUUAGCCUGGACAUAUGACUUAUGUCAGACCAAUGAUAUUAUUAAUAUAUCAUACAACAUACAUUUCUUCAGAUGUGAAGUUCCAUGUAACCUAAUAAUAUACUCUCAUUAAUAAGUAAGAAAUGUGAUAAAGUAGAAACAAACUAUGUUGAUGUUUCAGUAGGAUACACAUGUAUAGCUGUAUGAGCAAAGAAAAUAAUAAUGUCUGUAUCAUGGCUGUUCACUUGUUCUAAGGAACAGUAAUUUUGACCCAAAACAUUCCCUGUUUUGGAGUAUGUCUUCGUGCUGAAGAAUUCUUCCAAGAAAUAUGAGAAUUAUUAGAAUUGUUACCCACAUUUUGUACAUAUAAUAUCAUUUGAUUGUAAACUGCCAAUUUAUUUUUAUAAGUUGAAAUGUAUGGGGCUGUUUAGUUGAGUUGGUCUUUUAGUUGGGAUUGCUGUGUUAACGUAGUUAUGAGCAUGAUUGAAGUAAUUUAAGGAAACCUAGAAUUAAAUAUUUUAUAAAAUUACUGUAAGUGAUUAUGUAGUACGUUAUGAAUUGACUAUUCUAUCAUUAGUAGCAAGGAGUUAUCUUAUAAUUGAAGCACUUUUAUUUAUCUCCCAAUAUUAAAUUAUAUUAUUUGUAAGAAACUGGUAAAAUUUUAAUUUACGCUUGCUUCAUUUUAUUCUAUAAAAUAAACAUUUUGUUUCUAUGCUUGCAUUCACUAAAUGGGUGAAUGUAGCAUUAUGCUUCCUGCAGACAUGAUGAUGCUUCGACUGCAUACAGUUAUAGAACAUCAUAUGAUAAGGUUUAUUUAAUUUUAUUAAGUAGAUUUAGAAAUAUUUAUAAUUUAGUAUUAUAAUUUAAUCUUCAUGCUAGUUAUAAUUAUAAUAAAGCUCAAUGACUUUCUGGUUGUGUAGAAAGA